AUGUCAACGUAUGACGAAAUCGAAAUCGAAGAUAUGACGUUUGAGCCUGAAAACCAAAUGUUCACAUAUCCUUGUCCCUGUGGUGAUAGGUUCCAAAUAUACCUGGAUGAUAUGUUUGAGGGCGAAAAAGUUGCAGUUUGUCCCAGCUGCUCGCUGAUGAUUGAUGUUGUUUUUGAGAAAGAGGAUUUGACUGAGUACUACGAGGAAGCGGGCAUACAGCCUCCUGAGCCCAUCGCUGUUGCUGCCUAA